AUGGCGCCAACGCCUGUUGACCCUGCUGCUGCCGUCAAGCUUUGGCUAAAGGCUGCAAACUCUGGGGAAGCUAGCGACAAGUGGGGCCGUGUCCAGCGAGCUUCUUGGAUGGUUUCUUGGCUUUGGAUAGGGAGGUUGAAACAAAGUUAUAGUAGUUUUGUGCUUGGCCUCGGAUCCAAGGCAGCCCUGGCUGCCUACAUGACUUAUCGAGCCGGUUGUCGAAUUCCACCCCUAGGGAAGGAUCCUGACAACGUGAUGCUGCAGAUCUUGCACACCGACAACCCUUUUUUGAGACUGGAAGGGGCCCCUUUUACCUUUCUAGACAGCUGUAGAGGCAGCUUCUUGCAUUCAUUGAUGAAGCACAGAGGUGACAAGGUGACGGACUAUUUGGUGAAGAUCUUGGCGACGCCACAUGUGCAACGACUUGAGAGUCGUGAACAGCUCGGGCUUUAUGUGUUUGAGACAUGCUCUCAGCAAAGGAUUUCAUUGCUCGGUGUGAUCCACCAAUUCUUCCGAGACACCAAUGGCGUAGGACAACGAAAGGCUUACAUGCCUUCCAGAGUGAUUUCCAAGCAUGGCAAGAAGUUGCGACCAAACCGUGAUCUGGGGCAGUUGCGCCUCGCAGGGGCAUUGAGUCUCUGUGGGCAAUUUUUGGAUGGCACGCUAGAUGCCAUUUUUGUGAAUGACAGCAAGAAAUCAUGGCUUGUGGAUCCAGAUUUGCUUCUUGUCAAGGAGCCUGACGAUGUCUUGGACAAAGUGGUUGAGCAUUUGCAAUCUUGGCCGAACCAGCACUGUCUGAAGAUGCUGAACCUCCAGGCUGAGCUAACCAGCCACAUUUGUGUUGUGAAUGCUUGCAAAUGCAUCCACGUUCUUAAGACGCUCAGCCCCACAGAAGAGGCGGUGCUCGCUCAGCCACAGUCAGAGGAAAUGCACUUGGUCUACUCAGGGGGAUGCAUUGCGCGCGCUGGCCGCAUGCGAAGGAUCCCUUUGGGUGCUCGCAAAAUCGAAACAGCGGCAGUUCGCUUCCCAACACAACGGGUGCGGGUGAAGACAUCCAAGCGUGAAAAUUUCACGUCCUGUGGAGAAGCCACGACUUUUCAAGGCAGCUAUAGUGGAGUGGAGUUUCGGUCCUCCUAUGAACUUCCCCUGAUGUCAUUGACUGAAAAAGCACAGGUCCUCGGCUCUGCGGCUUCUGCGGCUCCUCCGGAGGACUGGACAGAUCGCUUUGGGGACAAUGCAGUGCCACUCUUUUGGCAAGAGUCCAAGCCCAUCAGCUUUUUCAAUGCAAUCCUUGACGAGUACAAGGUGACCGCAGUUUUCGAUGUGACAGCCGGCUCCGGCGCAUUCAUGGAAGCCAGCCUCACCAGAGGCGUUGUCUACCACGGCCUGUGCUUGAACAAGGAACACCAGCACUGGCUCCAGGCCAUUGCGGACAGAGCCGCCUGCGGGCUAAUUACCUUGGAGGGAUCAACUCUUUUCAAUGAAGCUUUGGCAGGAGACGUGAAGAAGUUUUUCCCAGAUGUCCUGGAAAACUUGGCUCCCAAGGACAACCCUGAAGAAGCCCCAAUGGAACCAGACAGCCCCGGUGAGUGA